AAAACCUAAAACCCUAGAACCUCGAACCUUCUAUCACUCUCCAGAACCUCAGCCAUAGACUUUCUCUAUCGUUAAUUCGUUAUAACCCGAAGUCGGAACCCUCUCUUUUCACCGAAACCGCAAAUUCGAAGCCAUGGCAAAGCGCUUGCUCCCAACCCUCAACCGUGUUCUUAUCGAGAAAAUCGUCCCUCCGUCCAAAACCAACGCCGGGAUUCUCCUCCCCGAGAAAUCAAGCAAGCUCAACUCUGGGACUGUGAUUGCGGUGGGCCCCGGCUUACGUGAUAAGGACGGCAAGGCGAUUCCGGUGUGUUUUAAGGAGGGCGACACCGUGCUCCUGCCUGAUUACGGCGGUACCCAGGUCAAACUCGGCGAGAAAGAGUAUCAUUUGUAUAGGGAUGAGGAUAUUUUGGGUACUCUACAUGAUUGAAGAGUUUAGCUAAUUGCUUAUUUAUUUGUAAGGCAUUAUUGUGUUUUGGACUUACUUAAAUGUGACUCAUUAAUCAAAUGGGGCAUUUUGGUUUUGAGUGAAUUUGAUGUUAUUCACUUUGGAUAAUGCUAAUGCAAAUUCAAACUUUUGGCCUUGAUC